UCCCACGAACGUGGCAACUAAAGAGAACGCCUCCUUCACCUUCUCGUUCGCGUUUCUUUCCCCGAAAGACGCGACGCGGCUUUGAUAAUUAGGGUUAGGGAUUCGUCCUGCGUCUUUGGCGAGCCAUGGCGACCUCCCGCCGGCUCUCCUCCGUGUACCCCGUCGUUCUCCUCGCCCUAUCCCUCCUUUGUCUCCUCGUCGCCGCCGCUAGUUCCGAGGACUUUGACGCCGCCGCUGACGCCGUCGAUCUCUGCGGCGGAAGAUCCGACGGGGUAGCCCCCUCUUGCCGCAUCAAUUGCUUCCGGCCGGACCCCGUCUGCGGCGUGAACGGCGUCACGUACUGGUGCGGGUGCCCGGAGGCGACGUGCGCCAGCGUCCGCGUCGCGAAGAGGGGGCCCUGCCAGGUCGGCAACGGCGGGAGCGGCCUCGUCUCCGGCCAGGCCUUCCUCCUCCUCCAUAUCGUCUGGCUCAUUGUCCUCGGCUUCGCCGUCCUCUGUGGCUUCCUUUGAGCUUGCCUUCUUGGAUGAAGGGUCGCCGGUAUUUCUUCUUGUCUGUUUCGCCUCUUGUAAUGUCCCAUUAUUUUCAUUCACUUGUCAAUUCGUUGUGUCAGAGAGCAUUUGAUACCAUUCUUGUAUCGAUUGUAGUUAGCUGUAAUCUUCUGGACAUUUUGAAAUCAUAUAUUAUUUGUUUCUUCUGA